UAAUGACCACGCCUAUUUUAUAAUAAACGUUAAACAUCAACAUUGCCACACCCAUUCCAUCAUGGAGUCCAGCAGUAAAACACCCUUGAAUCGUAAGAGACUCCACGACCUAGUGAGAGAAGUUGAUCCGAAUCAAACUCUGGAUGAAGACGCAGAAGAGUUAUUGAUGCAAUUGGCUGAUGAUUUCAUAGAGAGUGUAGUCUCCUCAUCGUGCAGACUAGCAAAGCACAGGAAAUCAUCAACACUGGAACUAAAAGACCUACAAGUUCACUUAGAGAACAGUUGGAAUAUGUGGCUGCCAGGAUUCCCUCAGGAAGGACGUAGUAAGCCUCCACCUUCUUCUGGCCCAGCCAAUGAGGCACACAAGCAAAGACUGAGCUUGAUCAAGAAAUCAAAAAAAUAACUUUAAUAAUAAUAAUAAUUCAUCAUUAUAAACAGCUAGAAAGCAAUCAAUAAUAACGACAAUAACAACAACAAUAAUGAUAACAAUAAUAUGAAAUAGUUGAACGUUAAUAGCUAAAA